AUGGAAGUCUACUUAAGAGUUAAUGACGAUAUCGAAAGGGAUACCGCCAUUGUGAUUGAAAAAGAUGACACUAUCAACAAUAAAAUUAAAACUAUAUUUGAAAUGGAAAGUGGUUUAGCUAAAUACAUCAAUCUAAAGCCAACCAUCUUCAAUACUGAGAAACCAGUCGCAUAUUACAAAUCCAUUCACCCGGGGUAUAUGACUGACCAUGGUGCUCUACUAUUCGAUUACCAUGCUGAUGAAGAACCAUAUAUUGAAAAGCUAGAUUACGAUAAGCCUCUAUUUGAACAAUUAUGGCCAGGCCAAUUGAUCGUCCCUAAAUGGGUUAGAUCGAGGAAGAAUACCAUAAUUUAUUGGAUUGUUAUAUUAUUUUGGUUAUAUACUGAUUUACCAGAUCAUAUUUCUCCAACUCCAGGUAUCUGUCUAACAAAUCAAAUUUCAAGAGUUGUCAUUAUGGCUUCUGAAUUUUUAGAAAUACCCGAUAUUACUAAUAAAUUAAGAGCUGAAAUUCAACCAGGUUUCACAUCUGUUCCAGUUCAAUAUGCCUUAUUCUGCUUACAUCUAUUAAAAAUUGCCAUUCUAACCUUUUUCUUAGAAACCGGGUUUGUUAAUCCCUACAGUAUUAAUCCAAUUAAAAAUUGGAUGGUCUUAAACAGUGCAGCAACCUCCCCACAAUUGAAAGAAGUAGCUAAAAAAUUAGGAUGGAUCGGAACUAGAAGAUCUACCAAAGCCGGUUAUGAAUCUGGUUUAUACAAUUUUAUUUUAGCCAAACAUGGUGGCCAAGUUGGUGCAUUCAGAGCUGGUGUCUUGACAUCUGCCAUUAAUCCAGGUUUUGUGUUAGAAAGAGGUGAAGGUUUUCAAACUCCAUUAAAAGACAGAUCUAAAAACUCAACUUUUGAAACUAUGAAGGAAAAGAGAAAGUUCAUUUUGGGUGAUGAUUACUAUCAAGCAUUAGAAGACAACUUGAAACAUAAUUUGGCCGUAGCAAGAAAGGAAAACAACUCUGGUAAAUAUUCUGAAGAAAUUAGAAGAUUUAGAAAAUACGGUCUGUUUGAAGUUGACGAUAGAUUGACAGAAAUGGUCGCAUUAAGAAAAGAAGUUCAUCCUAAAUAUGCAAAGAAGGAUGAAGAUGAAGAAAAGAAAAAGAAAUAA